AAGAAGAAGUCCGGAAGUCGCCAACUGUUUGCUGAGCGAACCACCGCGCGCUGGACUCGGAUUAAAUCACUUGUUUUCUUUCGUUGUCUUUGUUUUUCGACCAUCACACACUCCUGACGUGUGGUAGAAGGUAAACGUGUUGAGCUAAAACUCGUCUUAAGCGAAGUAGCUGUGAGGCGCUCACGUUAGCUUAGCUUGCUAGCGGCAAACCGAUAGGGAGACGUUCAAGUUAGCAACAAACACGUCGCUCGUGGCAAAAUGUGUAAAGUCACAAUGCUCAGAGAAUUAAUGAAGCAGCGACUGAACUUGGCCGUGGAGGAAAUUUAUCAACUUUUUGAAAGAACCAUAAUGGAGUACGAGGAGGAACUCAGUCGAACAAAGGAGGAGAAAGAGCGACAAGGCCAACUACUCGACGCCGUUUUGAAGUCUCAUGUUGGCAUACAGCAGGAAGACACGCGGCAGGUGUUGGUGGAGAGCCAAGAGGACGACAAGCCAGCAGCGCAGCCCCCCCACAUUAAAAAGGAAGAGGAGGAUGUGUGGAGCAGUCAGGAUGGACAGCAACCCCAAUGGCCAGCGGGGGGAGAGGAGGAGGCUGACGUCACGAUGCCCGACGAAGCUCACGAUGAGCGACGGCACUCGGACCCGGACAGCAGCUUCGCUCCGCUUUCAGAGAUGGACGACGACUCUGAUUCCGGAAGAGAGAAAUCUUUACGCUGCUCGUUUUGUCGUAAAAGAUUCUCCUCCAACGGUAAUAUGAAGAGACACAUGAAAGUACACCAACAAACAGAGAAAGUUUAUACCUGCGCCGUUUGUAUGGAAAGUUUCCAGACCAGAGGGCUGCUCAUAUCGCACAAAAAUCGGCGACACACCGACAAGAACUCCGGCAAGCAAAAGUUUGACUGCUCUGAAUGCGGGAAAACGUUCGCGACGAUGGCCCGUUUAAAGAGACACAUGGCGAAACACACCGGAGAGAAACCUUUCGUGUGCUCAUUUUGCGACAAAAGAUUCAGUUUAAAUUACAUUUUGAAAAGACACAUGAGGUCACACUCGAGCAGGGAACGCUUCUCGUGUCCCGUUUGUGCUAAAGGUUUCACAACGAAGUGGUACAUCGCGAUGCACAUGAGAACUCACACCGGGGAGAAACCGUUCCAGUGCAGCGUGUGUCAUAAACAAUUUCACUUUAAGAACGGCUUCAACAAGCACACUUGUAUCGGGGACAACCAAAACGCAGCAAAUGAAGACGAAGGCCGGCUGAAGAACUCAAUGAAUGGAUAGUGUAUUUCGGUCGUUCUCGCAAUAAAUCACAACAAAAGUUGUGUGAAUGUACAAAAAGAGGGAGAAAAUACAUCAUACAACAUAUCCAACCUGAUCGCUAGGCUUUACACGAUCAAGAUUUUUGGGGCCGAUCACUGAUCACAGAUCAGCGAAUUUAAAAAAAGCAAUAACCGAUCACCAAUUCGAUCACAAGAUGGAGCAGUGUGUCAAUUUAAAUGACUUGUUCAUGUACUGUAUAUACUUGUGUACUGUAUACUGAGUAUCUUCAAAAGUAUUCUCUAGUUAGGUCACGCAUUCUAAUCAGUCAGGUCAAAACAACAUUACAGCAUGACAGAAAUAACUUACUGUAAUUAAAUUACUUUAUUGUAAUUGCAUUACUUCACACACUGAAACUUUAGAGCACGAGUCGACAUUACGCCGGCAUGUUUACAUACAACCGUUAGUGCUAGCACUGACUUGGUAUGCUACAUAAUGUUUUGUUGCCUGCUUGCGAGCCGUACGUCAACAUACCUCAAGCAAUCCUUAAAUGAACGUCCUUUCCCAAGCACCGGUGAUCACUUGCACCCAUUUUGCUCGUAUAAUACACACAUGACUAAUAAUAAUUGAAUAAUUUAACUCCCAAAACAGAAACACAUCGAGAUGAUGUAUUCAUUUUCACUUUUGCCUGUUUUACAGAUACAUAACCUUCUUAAAUUAUCCUUCAAUUUUCUUAAAUUUAAAAAAAAAAAUACAAUCUGGAAGGCUUUUGCUCUUACCACGGAAAAUUAUUUCUAAUGUUUUCAUGUACCCCAUAUCAACAGUUUUUAGUAUGACAUUACAUACUUUAAUAGGCGGUCCCAGACAUUAUGAAAACUGACUUUGUAAUAAGCUCACACAGUUUGUUGCGGUUUCUCUUUUUUGUUUUUAAAUUCCUACUUGACAUUGAAGUUUUUGCUUUUUGUUUCAGAAGAAUACCUUUUAAUGUUGUCAUUGUUGUUUUCAAAUAAAGAGUUUAAA